CCUCUUACCAUUAAAGCCGUAAUACGCCCUCAUCCUCAGAACGGAGCGUCAGGCCGAUUCACAGGAGCGCAGAGCCAUGGCCCAAGCGAACAAACAGGAAGCCGGCGAUGUGUUCGCCGGCUUCCGCACGGCUUUCAAGUCGUUCGCCACAGACGCCAUCCACAUCGGCCAGGAGCCGGAACAGUGGACGUCGAUGGCCGUGGUGCCGCCGAUUUCCCUGUCUACCACCUUCAAACAGCAGUCCCCGGGGAACCACGCUGGCUUUGAGUACAGUCGGAGCGGAAACCCGACCAGGAACUGUCUGGAGAAGGCUGUGGCCGCGCUGGAUGGAGCAAAACACUGCCUUGCCUUUGCCUCAGGACUGGCAGCCACAGUCGCCAUCACCCACAUGCUGAAGAAAGGAGACGGGAUCGUCUGCAUGGACGAUGUGUACGGAGGCACCAACCGAUACUUCCAAAGAGUCGCCGCCGGGUUUGGGCUGGAGACGACUUUCGCUGACUGUACGAAACUAGAGCUGCUGAAAGCUGCUCUGAAGCCCAACACCAAACUGGUGUGGCUGGAGACGCCAACCAACCCCACCAUGAAGGUGGUGGACAUCAAGGCCUGCUCCGAGCUGGUGCACGAGCACAGCAAAGACAUCGUAGUGGUCGUCGACAACACCUUCAUGUCUGCGUAUUUCCAGCGCCCCUUGGCUUUGGGAGCUGAUAUCUGCAUGUACUCGGCCACCAAAUACAUGAACGGUCACAGUGACGUAGUGAUGGGUCUGGUGUCUGUAAACAGGGAGGAUCUGAACGAACGGCUGAGGUUUCUGCAAAAUGCCAUCGGCGGCGUUCCCUCUCCCUUCGACUGCUACCUGUGUAACCGCGGGCUGAAGACCCUACACCUGCGCAUGGAGCAGCACUUUAAAAACGGCAUGGCUGCCGCUAAGUUUCUGGAGGCGGAUCCCAGAGUGGAGCGAGUCAUUUUCCCAGGCCUCCCCUCCCACCCACAGUACGAGGUGAUGAAGAAACAAUGCACCGGGUGCCCAGGGAUGAUCACCUUCUACAUUAAAGGCAAACUCGAGCACGCCACCGCCUUCCUCAGCAACCUUAAAAUGUUUGCAGUCGCAGAGAGCCUCGGUGGUUAUGAAAGUUUAGCAGAACAUCCGGCGAUCAUGACCCACGCGUCAGUGCCAGAGAAGGAGAGGGCCGUUCUGGGCAUCAGCGACACACUGAUACGGCUCUCGGUGGGACUGGAGGACGCGGCCGACAUCAUCGAAGACCUUGACCAGGCACUGAACGCUGCUCAUCCAAAGAAGAACUGAAACAUCUCCUUGGCGUCCUUGAGGCCGGGGUUGUCGUAGUAGCGAUGCUCGGACGUACCCGCACCACCGAAACCCGAUGGCGAUCAACACAUGGUACCCUUUGGUUCCACCGUUCAGGGAGCAAAAUGUGCUGAAAUCAGUACCAGUGAUACUGUUUUCUGUGAAUAAUCAUCAAAUUUUUACAUGAUAAUCUUUUAAUGCCUUUACUUUAGCAUCACUUGUAAGCUUAUUUAUCUAAUGCCAGUUUUGCUUUGUUUACGUUUUUGUGUUUUCCUUUUUUUUUUUUUUUUUUUAAGCUUUAUAAAAGGGAAAAGUCCCCCUUAGACACAAUUUUACGGUUUUAAGUAUCUUAACUCCAAAAACUGUGCAUUUACAAGUGAGAUCUGAAUUAAAGUGGGUUUUAUAAUGACAACUUUGGGGGGGGGGACUUGUGUGUGAAAUGCUGAGUUUUUGCUGCCACCUAGUGAUCAAAGGUUAAACGUUUUACGCUCCUGCUGGUUCCUAAAGUAUAAAUGUUGGGUGAAUACAAGGAAAAAAAUAGUUUCUCAAUACAGAGUUAUCGUGAAUGUUUUUUUUUUUUUUAGAGAUGCAACAGCAGGAGUUGCUCUCGCAGUUGAACAUAGAAAGCAACAUUCUCCACCAGGUCGAGACUCUUGUUUUGUUUUUAUUCGCUCCUCAAUGGUAUAUUGUGGAAAAUCAAUUAAAAGCUGUUUGAAACUGA